UCACCAACUCCCACUGUCAGCAGAGAAGUUGUCAUAGUAACGUCUGUCCUUAUUUUCACCCUUGGGGUUAUUGGGAAUGGCUUCAUCUGCUUAGGAUUCUGUCGUUUCCGUCAGCUGCGCUCCCUUACCAACUAUUUCGUGCUGAACCUUGCCGUUGCAGAUCUUCUGUUAGUGGCAGCCCUUGCAGGGUGGAUUAUACACGAUAUUCGUGGGAACCCACCCGAUGAAAAAAUUCUGAUCUCACUUCUCAUCAAUAUUGACGUGUUGUGCUUCUCGGCAUCGAUGCUUAACAUGAUGGCGAUCAGCUUGGACAGGUAUUGCGCAGUUACCUAUCCUCUCCAAUACCCACACAUCAUCACAGAGUCACGUGCCCACAUCGCGACUUUCCUUAUUUGGGCGUACUCUUUAGCCAUGGCGGGUAUUGGUGUGAGUCGAUUUUUCACGGACGCAAUGGAAAAUUCUGACAAGAUUUUCGUGACAGUAUUAAGUACCGUCAAUUUUUUGAUCCCGGCUGUAGUGAUGGUUCUCACACAUUUAAGCAUCCUCAGAAUUGCUUGGAAUGCUAAGCAUAGGUCAAUGGUGGAUCUUGGCGGAAUUGAAGGGGUGCAUAACAUGAUGGAGUUGAUCUCGAGCCUGAAGCUCUCCUUUAAUACAUUCGUCAUCUUGGUCCCCAUGGUAACCGCGUGGGGCAUUUUUUACGGAGUAACGGUGUUAGAGACACUCUGGCCAAUCCACAUUCAGCUUUCUGCGGGGUUUUCUAUCACUGUUGGUCUUCUGCCACAUAUAGCAGCUGCUGUCGAUCCCAUUGUUUACAUACUUGUGACAUGUGACUUGCGCAGGAAAUUAUGUCAUUUUUAGAAGAAAAACUGAAACAACAAUGCGCAAUCCUGUCAUUUUACUAUAAGGAAACAUAUUUUUCUGCAUUACUGAUUUGCGAAGAUGCGUGACAGUAAUGGGCUGUAAAUGAAUUUCAGUAGGUGUAAGCUUGCGUGUGUACGUGCAGAUGGAUACAUGAAGCUUCAUAUUAGUGUGUUAAUUGUACCAUAUUAGACGUUUAGAUGUGUAGAAUCGCUCAGUAUUUUGACGAGUUGUGCCGCACUUUGACGAGCCUGCAAGGCAAGUUAAAAUACAAACAAAAAGAAAACAUUGGCAUGCUACGCAUGCAGGAGUUAUUUUUUUAGAUAUGUGGGUUGAAAUGGGACACUUAGUAACUGAUGUUGAUAUCUGAAUAGUUGUUGGCAAUAAUAACCUGCAUUGACACCACGCUUCCUGCAGUCCCCUCCAAAGCCCUAAUUUGAACUCGUCAUGUAACGCUCUCUCUCCAAAUUUGCGUGACGAGACCAAACAACGACCUGCUCGGAGGCUAUAAUAAUGCUUACGGCCGCCUCUUUGUCAGAGACAAAUGUAAUUAUUAUUCUGGCCGUAAAGGGCCACCAUCAGUAAUUCCGUUUGGUUUUACCUGUGCAGAAAAGUGCAUAAUAGGCGUUACGUAGCACUUUUUAAUUGACGUAAAGCAAUGUGAUAGACAUAGCCUAGGAACGAGGUUGAGUUUUGGCGUCGAGUGACAGCACAGGUCACCCAGGCUCACCGUUUGUCAGUGUCACGUACACAUGGUUAAAUAGAGAGAACGUAUG